AUGGAGGAAAGAGAACCACCCAAGUCCCGUUCGAAAUCGGAGAUGGAGUUGGAUAGAAUUAGCAACUUACCAAGUGAUGUUAUAGCAAAACUUUUGUCACAUUUGUCGGUUAGAGAGGCAGUGAGGACAAGUGUUUUAUCAAGAAAGUGGAGAUACAGAUCGGCUAUGCUUCCUCAUCUUGUAUUUGAUCAUCAGUGUGUCUCAGCACAAGAGCAUAUAAGCUUUGUGAACAUUGUUGAUCAUGUACUCCUAGGUCACAUUGGCCCCAUUCACAAGUUUAAGCUUUCUCGUGUAGGUGGUGUAGCCACUUGGGAUAUUGAUCGAUGGAUUCUUCAUUUAUCAAGAAACUCUAUCAAAGAGUUUAUACUUGAGAUUCGGCAAGGGUUCAAGUAUUCAAUUCCCUCAUGGUUUUUUUCUUGUCAAGAUAUGAUCCAUUUAGAGUUACUUGGAUGUGUGCUAAAACCUCCAUCAACAUUCAAAGGCUUCAGGAAUUUGAAAAGCCUUGUUUUUCAGCGUGUUACCUUGGCCCAAGUUGGGUUCCAAAAUCUGAUUGCUUGCUGUCCUCUGCUUGAAAGGUUGACUUUACUAGACUUCCCUUUCCCCAUUCUCAAGAUAGAUGCUCCAAAUCUCCAAUUCAUUUAUGUUCAAGGUGAUUUUGAGGAUGUUAUUUUUGAGAAUACCUCAAAUCUUGUGGAUGUUUGCAUUGAUUCUGAAGUUGGCCGAAGAUGGGUUUCUGACAGGUCUAGCAAUUUGGUCAAGUUUUUGGUUCACCUGCCUCAUAUUCAGAAGCUUGAUAUUGUGGGAUUCUCUUUAGAGAUUUUGGCUGUUGGUGCCUUGUCAGCAAAGCUUCCUAAACCAUGUCCAUAUUUGAAAUUUCUUUCAAUAUGGGUAAACUUCAAUGAUCCGGUGCAAAUUUUAACUGUCCUACGCCUCAUGAGAAGCUCCCCUGCUGUCCAACAACUUGAAAUUUUUGGCGACCGUGGUAUCGGAGUACUAGUAUGGCCUGCCGACCAAGAGAGUCAGGCUGCUUGGUCAGAAGUGAAAUCUUUAUAUGGCAACGGGGUUUUCCCAUUCACCCAACUGCUGCUUGUUAAAAUAUCCUACAUCUAUGACUGCAAACCUGAAUUAGAUUUCAUCAGGUUUCUGCUUUUAAAUUCUCCUGUGCUUGAGAAGAUGAUUGUUAAGCCUUCUUCUCCCGAUGAUUCUUGGGAGCUCGGUGCACAGUUGCUCCGGUUAGGGCGUGCCUCAGUGCAUUCAGAGAUAAUCUACUUGGACCCAUGA